UUGGGCCUUGAGGCACCUUUCGCUAAAUUCCUGUCCUUAAUUUGUGAGACACAAGUGACAGAGAUCGAGCCAGAAAGAGAGAGGUGAAGGAUAUAUCAAGUUUGUGAUUGAUAAGGGAGAGGGAUCGAUGUUUCCUUCCACUUCAGGUGCAGCGAAGAUGAACCAGCAAAUAGGUUUGGUGGAGAAUCCUCCGAUCAGCAGCUUCAACUUCCAACCUUCUCUUCUUCCUUUAAGCUCUUCUGCUUACGCUACGGUUGGAGGAGGAGAUCUUGUUCCCAUACACGGAGAAGAUGUUGGUCACCACCGUAUUAGGUCUUCAAACAAUAUUGAUUUAGGGUCAGAAGCUAGGUCAUCAAAGGACAAGCUGGGAUCAACGGAAGUUGGAAUCGUGCAGAUUCAUGGCAUGAUGAGUAGCAAGAAUGAUAAGGUCAAUAGCAGUUUGGCGAUCGGUUCGACUUCGAUGAGGAUGAUGAAGAAGAAGGGAAAGGGUAUGAGAAGGAAGAUGAGGGAGCCAAGGUUUAGCUUCCAGACGAUGAGCGAGGUAGAUGUGCUGGAUGAUGGCUACAAGUGGAGGAAGUAUGGCCAGAAGGUUGUCAAGAACACACAACAUCCAAGGAGCUACUAUAGAUGCACACAGGAGAACUGCCGGGUGAAGAAGCGGAUCGAACGGCUGGCAGAGGAUCCGAGGAUGGUGAUCACGACGUACGAAGGGCGACACGUGCAUUCUCCUUCGCACGACGAGGAGGAUUGGCAAGCCCCGUCGUCCAAAAUCACACUCUUUUGGUAGUUACGUAGUUUAAUAUCGAUCACCAUCGUAAUUAAUUACUUACAAAGUCUUAUGCACCCGCAAGACAGAUAUAUAUAAUCUGCAUGUAAUGUAUCAAUUAUAUAAACAUCUCGAUAAUUUUUUUUAAUAAUUAUUUUAAGAUUAAACUCUA